CUAGAUGCGCAAAAUAAGAGGACGCGUCCUUUGGCAAACUCGCUCGUUGGGUAGCCGACAUUGUUCGAAUGAUUUCGUCUACUCGGACGAAAAGGGGUCUUGUGUUGUAAUGUACGAGGCAGGGAAACGCGUAGGACUGCAUGUGGACCGAGUUGGACGCUGCAGCAAGUUAGGACCGUAUCUUCGGAGACGGAGUUGCACGGGAGGCUGAGGAAAGGCGUACUGGCUUCCGCUCCGUGUGAUAUCUGACUGGGGAAAUAAAGUGGAGGAACCUGCACAUUUCUUCGCUCACAUAAACAAAGGAGAUCUCCAGACGUGCUGGGCCACCGCAGUGGAGAAAAUCAGCCUUAAAACGCCGUGGUAAGACGUCCCCUCCCCCGCCUGGAGGGUCAGCGGCAUGGCGCUGAGCUCGGGCGGGUGGGCUCACACGCCUCCACCGGCACCAUCUCCGCCUGUUCCGCGGGCCAUGCCUUCGCAGGCCAGCUGCCACACCGUUUUAAUGUCGGUGCGGGUGUCAGUGUGCCAUUCAGGGAUCCGUCCUUUAUGUCUUCCUGGAGCCGGAGAUGAGUGCCUCCGCCUUCAGCUUAGCAUGGACCCGGCCCGGGCCGGGGAAUUCCGCCUUGCCCUGAGGGACGCUAACGGUACCCGUAGGAGUGUGCCCAUCGUAGAGUUUGAUCUGCGCUCUGUGCGUUACGAGGUCAAGUCCUCACAUUGUCACGAGCUGUGUCUGGACACUCCCCCUCACGACCGCAUCAGCUUCAACUUCCGCAGUGAGAAGGAGGCGCAGGAGUGGGCCACUGUGGUGAUGUCAUCCCUGAGGGAGGCCCACAGAGUGGCAGACAGCUUCCCCCUGCCUGCUGAUGAGAAACAGCCGCACAGGGAGCCUGCAGAACAGCAUGGUUCUCUUCCCUUAAACAACACAGAGGAGCUGUGUGUAGAGCUGACGCGGGCCAUUGAAGCAGGGGACAUACAGGCUGCUUCACAGCUGGCCACAACCCUGGCCCGCCAGCAGGUGGCACUCAAGAUCCAGCUCUCUGAGAAGAACUACAUGGACACAGAGAUAAGUCUGGCUGUGGCCGUGGAGGACGCUUCCUCUUCCUGUUGCAUUGCGGUGAAGGUCUUCCCCCACAUGACGGUUGCGUCGCUCAAGCAGCAGGUGUUUCUGGAGUACGGCUUCCACCCGCGGGUGCAGCGCUGGGUGAUCGGCCAGUGCCUGUGCACGGAGCCUCGCUCGCUGGCGUCCUACGGGGUGCGGCAGGACCGCGACACGGCCUUCCUCUACCUCCUCUCGGCGCGCCAGGCCCGUCUCACCCGGCAGAUGUGCCAGCAGGACCAGGAGAGCGCCCUGCUGACCCCAGCGCCUCCCAGCAACGGGCCCAUGUCCCAGGACUGGAGGGGCUACAGCACCCUGCCCUCCAGACUGCCACACGGCAGCACGGGCAAUAGUGGGGGUGGCUCUGAGAGGCUUGGCGUUGGUGAAAUCCGGGACCUCCUGAACAUCGACAUGCUGCAUCUGAAUGAAACCCCAGCCCCAAAUAAUCCAAAGCCACAGCUUGGGUGGUCGUGUCCCUCGUGUACCUUCAUCAACAAGCCCACUCGCCCCGGCUGUGAGAUCUGCAGCACAGACCGGCCUGAAGGCUACAGGCAAGACCCACCGGACCCGCACCGCCUCCAUCAGGAGAAAAGGAGAAGGGAAGAGUUGGGCGGGCCGGCACCACUGAACGGAUCGCUACAGCAUAACCCAAACCCGCCACACGACCAGGACUACUGACCACACAUGGACUACUGACCACACACGCACACAGACCACAUGCCAUGCAGCUGACCAUGACCAGGGCUACAGACCACACGCACACAGACCGCAUGCCAUACAACUGACCAUGACCAGGGCUACAGACCACACGCACUCACAGACCGCAUGCCAUACAGCUGACCAUGACCAGGACUAUGGGCUGACCGCACACAGACUGGGAAAAAAGAAGACAGCACACAUUUACCGACAAACGUUCAGCGAUGCGUAUUUUCAGAAAACUUUCAAUAAUGUUCACAGAUACGUACGUACGCACACACACCUUUACACACAAGCCUUGCACUUGUAUACUUACCGUCACCUAUAGUUUGUUGACUUGCAUUCUGGCUCUGAGGCCACAGUAAAGUGAAGCACAGACAAGCGACAGCACCUUCUGCUGACAAAAGCAGAAAUUGCAGUUUAUACUAUGCUACGAUAGUCCUUGUGUCGACCGAGCAGACAGAUUCUUUUCAGCAUGGGGGUGCUGUGUGGGCAGUUGGAUUGGUUGUAUUCUCUGCAAGAAAAAAAAAAAAAGAUUUACAUGGAUAUGUAAAAUACCAAAUGUGUUUCUUCUGUUUGUCAUUCUGUCUGAAUUUACUGUGAAUGUGUUGAAAGCUCCUCCCAUCCUCCUGGUGAUGUCAUGCAUACUAGUGCCAGCUCAUCUCAGGAGAGGAGAGGUGAUUGGUCCAAAUGAUCGACAGCUCAUAGUGUUUUAAAGUGGUUUCAUUUUAUUCAGUGUUGUAUUAUGUAAAUUUGUGUCAUGGACAUGCCUGGUGAAUCGCCAGCUAUGUUCUGUGAGCACCAAGCAUAGCAGGGUAGUUCUGGAGCUCUCGGCAAAGACCCGUGGGUUUCAAAACAAGCAAAUGUAUGUACAUGCGUGUAAAGAAAUGACGAUGCAUUAUAUGUGGAUUUCCUUUGGAGGAAUGCAAAUAACAUGUAUUAUUGUAAAAGAUUUAUUAAAAUGUAUAUAAAUACA